GGAGGGAGAGAGCUCCACCUCCCUCUCCGCAUCAGAAGCCGCUGACAUCGGGAUGGGUCGCGCGGAGGAGAAGAAGCACCGCGAGCCGCUCCGUCUCCGUGCAGGUGGCGCGCGGAGGACGAGCUGAUCCCACGGAGUAGAAAAAGAGGAGGAGGAGGAGGAAGAGGAGUAGAUCCCGCGAGACAAGAGGAGACGGACGCAGAGAACCAGAGAGACAGAACCCGGCCGCACGUGAGGCGCGCGAGCCCCCCGCAGAGAGGGGACUAAUCGAUAAUCGGAGGAGUGUUUUUUCUGGUACGCAGACGGAGGGAGAGCUUCUCCUCUCAGAAGACCGGCGCGAUGAAUCCCAUGACGCAGUUGUACUACAAGAAGGCGACGUACUCGCCGUACCGCGACCGCAUCCCGCUGCAGAUCGUGCGGGCGGAGGUGGAGCUGUCAGCGGAGGAGAGGGCCUACCUCACCGCUGUGGAGAAAGGUGACUAUGCGGGCGUCAAACACGCCCUCCGCGAGGCCGAGGUCUACUACAACAUGGACGUGAACUGCCUGGACCCGCUGGGCCGGAGCGCGCUCCUCAUUGCCAUCGAGAACGAGAACCUGGAGAUCAUGGAGCUGCUGCUGGACCACGGCAUCCACACGGGCGACGCCCUCCUCUACGCCAUCCGCAAGGAGGUGGUGGGCGCCGUGGAGCUGCUGCUGUCGCACCGCAGGCCCAGCGGCGAGAAACAGGUGCCCUCGCUGAUGAUGGACAGUCAGUUCUCAGAGUUCACCCCGGACAUAACUCCCAUCAUGCUCGCUGCUCACACCAACAACUACGAGAUCAUCAAGCUGCUCGUCCAGCGGAAGGUCACCAUUCCUCGACCACACCAGAUCCGAUGCGACUGUGUGGAGUGCGUGUCCAGCUCAGAGGUGGACAGUCUGCGGCACUCCAGGUCUCGACUCAACAUCUACAAGGCCCUGGCCUCGCCCUCGCUCAUCGCGCUCUCCAGUGAGGACCCCAUACUCACGGCCUUCCGCCUGGGCUGGGAGCUCAAGGAGCUCAGCAAGGUGGAGAAUGAGUUCCGGCAGGAGUACGAGGAGCUGUCCCAGCAGUGCAAACGCUUCGCCAAGGACCUUCUGGAUCAGGCCAGGAGUUCCAGGGAGCUGGAGACCAUCCUGAACCACCGAGACAACGACCAGAGCGAGGAGCUGGACCCCAGGCAGUGCCACGACCUGGCCAAGCUCAAGCUGGCCAUCAAGUACCACCAGAAAGAGUUCGUGGCUCAGCCUAACUGCCAGCAGCUCCUCGCCACGCUGUGGUACGACGGCUUCCCGGGCUGGAGGAGGAGACACUGGGCCGUCAAACUGGUCACCUGCUUCAUCAUCGGACUCCUGUUUCCCUUCUUCUCACUGAUCUACCUGCUGGCUCCUAAGAGCGCCCUGGGCCGCUUCAUCAAGAAGCCCUUCAUCAAGUUCAUCUGCCACACGGCGUCCUACCUGACCUUCCUCUUCCUGCUGCUGCUGGCCUCGCAGCACAUCGCCCGCACCAACCUGCACAUGCAGGGGCCCCCCCCCACGCUGGUGGAGUGGAUGAUCCUGCCGUGGGUGCUCGGGUUCAUCUGGGCAGAGAUCAAGGAGAUGUGGGACGGGGGCUUCACAGAGUACAUCCACGACUGGUGGAACCUGAUGGACUUCGCCAUGAACUCGCUCUACCUGGCCACCAUAUCGCUGAAGAUAGUGGCCUUCGUCAAGUACAACUCCUCUCGCCCCCGGGAGGAGUGGGAGAUGUGGCACCCCACGCUGAUCGCAGAGGCCCUCUUCGCCAUCGCCAACAUCUUCAGCUCGCUCAGACUCAUCUCGCUCUUCACCGCCAACUCCCACCUCGGGCCCCUGCAGAUCUCCCUGGGCCGGAUGCUGCUGGACAUCCUCAAGUUCCUCUUCAUCUACUGCCUGGUCCUGCUGGCGUUCGCCAACGGUCUGAACCAGCUGUACUUCUACUACGAGACCAAAGCCUCAGAGGAACCCAACAACUGCAAGGGCAUCCGCUGCGAGAGGCAGAACAACGCCUUCUCCACGUUGUUCGAGACCCUGCAGUCUCUCUUCUGGUCCAUAUUCGGGCUGCUCAACCUCUACGUCACCAACGUGAAGGCCCGCCACGAGUUCACCGAGUUCGUGGGGGCCACCAUGUUCGGCACGUACAACGUGAUCUCACUGGUGGUGCUGCUCAACAUGCUGAUCGCCAUGAUGAACAACUCGUACCAGCUGAUCGCCGACCACGCCGACAUCGAGUGGAAGUUCGCCCGCACCAAGCUGUGGAUGAGCUACUUCGACGAGGGCGGCACGCUGCCGCCUCCGUUCAACAUCAUCCCGAGCCCCAAGUCCGUCCUCUACCUGCUGCUGUGGCUGCACAACAAGCUGUGCAGGGGGGGCCCGGCGCCCGGGGAGGAAUCGCACAAGUGCGAAAACCUGCGGGAGUUCACGGAACGCCACGCCGACAGUCUGAUCCAGAACCAGCAUUACCAGGAAGUGAUCCGGAGCCUGGUGAAGAGGUACGUGGCGGCCAUGAUACGCAGCGCCAAGACGGACGAGGGACUGACGGAGGAGAACUUCAAGGAGCUGAAGCAGGACAUCUCCAGUUUCCGCUACGAGGUCCUGGAUCUCCUCGGCAACCGGCGUCCUCCACGGCGACACUACUCCUCAUCCAGCGACGCGGCGAGAGACGACGCCAUGGCCUCAGAGGACGACAGCGAAUCAGGUGACGGCGCCGGGGGCUCGAGGUCGAAGGGUGUGACCUUCAUGAACCCGCUGCAGGAUGAGGACAGGCCGUCGCCGAAGCUCGGCGUCUCUGCCCUGGUGCGCUCCGUGUCAGGGAUGCCCCAGGAGGAAGGAGGCGAGGAGGGCGUUGAGGAGGAACUGGAGGAGGGCGUCAGGUGGGGGGAAGAGGAGGAGGAAGAGGAGGCGAAACCAAAGAGCAACGGGCUGAGGACGGCCGUCGUCCCUCCGUCCUCCACCCACGUCCUCCCGUCCCCCUCCUUCUCCACCUCCUUCUCCUCGUCUUUCGCCCGCACCAGGAGCCGACUGCAGCGCCUCUCCACUCCGGGGUCGAAGACGGACUCUUUCAAGCGCCUCUCCUACCUGUUCUCGCGCUCCAAGCGCCGGGCCCCGCCCAUGCCGCUUUCCCUCCGGUCCCCGCCCUCCUACACCAUCUCGGACGGGCUGCUCCGCCCCCUGGGGAGCCACGGCCACGGCGUGACCCUGAGCGAGACCCGCCUGAACGAGGUGGGCCGCUCGAUGGACGUCGAUCGCCCCUCGUUCUCGCCGCGGAGAGCUAACGGGCGGGACUCCCUGCACACGCUGCCCCUCCCCCCGCCGUGCCCCUGCCAAUCCCUGCACUGUGCUUCCAACAUGUCCGAGUCCAGCUCGCGCCUCCUGGACUCCAGCGAGGACGUUUUCCAGGGCGGGGGCGUUGGAGGGGCGGGCGCGGACGGAAGAGGCGCGGUGACGAUCGGCGGGUGGGUGGGACCCUGCGACGACGCCAUAGAGGACUCGGUGACCACGCAGCUAUAGGAGGGACAGACAACAGUUUUUCUUUGUAUGUCUGCAAAAAAGAAAUGGCUGGACACAUUCAGGGGAAGAGAGACAAGCAGAGAGAGAAGGGGGGGCAACACUUUGUAGAGCGGAGCAGAUUCCCGUGAAGAUCCUCAAAUGGCAGAUGUUCAUAAAAAUAGUUUGACAUCAUAACUGGGUCGGUAUAUGGCGGGUGUCACAUUAUUGUUUAAUCUCGCUAGAUUGACUGAUACCGAGUGCGCUAACUUGCUAGAUAGGAAAGGGAGCUACCAAGUUAACCUGCUACCGAGUGGGCUAACUGUUAGCUAGAUAGCAAAGGGAGCUACCAAGUUAACCUGCUACCGAGUGGGCUAACUGUUAGCUAGAUAGCAAAGGGAGCUACCAAGUUAACCUGCUACAGAGUGGGCUAACUGUUAGCUAGAUAGGAAAGAGACUAACUAAAUGAAUAAGCCGUUAACAUACAACAUCUUUUUUGCAGCGGCACAUUUAUUGUUGUCGACGGCUACAACAAGAUAUAAAAAAUGGUUUAACUUUUGGGAAGCCGUGUUUGAGUCAAUCAAUCAUAGCUGGCAGAUAAAAAAAGGAGAAGUUAAUCAUUUUCGUGCGGGAUUAGCUCGAGCUUCCCUUUCCGUUAACCUGAAUAUAUCCUUCACGUUACAUUACUGUUGUUGUUUCCUAAUUCUUUCCCAUCCCCCACGUAUAAAAAAUGGCUUUUUCUCAUAACACAAAGAUUAAUGGUUUAAUUUAAAUUGACAGCAGUCACGAAUUCAUCACAAACUCCAGCCAAACUGUCUUUAUCGACGUCUGCCUCUUUUCCACGACACAAGAGAACAAUGGAGGAGAUUUUUUUGGGGGGGGGGGGGAAGGAUCUCAGGCGCAUUAUUAUCACCCCGGAAUCACAAGUAGCCAAAGCAACUUUUACAAGAAGGAUUUAUCUUUUAUUAUGAAUAUUCCAACGCAGGAUUUUUUUCUUCUGAUUCUCACCUUUUAACCACACGGAAUAAAAAUGGAAUUAAAUCCUCUGGAACUCGAAUGGAAAACCAAGACCCUGAAGUUUUCUCAGCCAACUGGAGCACAUCCAAAGAAGGGACCGGGGGCCAGAUGGAAUAAGCUCAUCUUUGACUUUGGUCGCCCGGUUGGAAAGGCGUCGCUCUGCAGGCGAUAGCCUGAACCCUCUCUCUCUCUCUGCAACAACAAGGGCCAAGGAACUUUAUUUUAUCCUCAUUACAGUUAUACUAGUAAUAAUAAUAACGCUAAUAAUAACAAGGGACUUCUAAUAGUAACGAGGACUAUUUGGGUUUCUUAAGACUGUCUUUGCUUAUAUUUGAGUUGCCUACGGAAUCCCGGCUUCUCGUUCAGCUCUUCCUAACAAGUACUUUAACCUGGUGAAUAGAAGUAUAGGGCGAUGUUUAUUG